AUGAUGAUGAAUCCAUUACCCGAUAUUGACAAGGCUUUCCCUCUUGUUAUUCAACAAGAACGAGAACUGGAUAACUUUGCAUCAGUUGUUGCACCAGCAGCUAGCAACUUCGAGGAAUCAGUUGCAUUUCAGGUUCAUACCAAUUCUGGUAACUACAACAAUAAAUCUAACACUUUCAAGGGCAAAAAUCAAAGCAAUAAUGGUGCUCGUGGACAUAGUAGAAUUUGCACGCAUUGUGGCAAACAAACCACACAAUUGAAACUUUCUUUGUUAAACAUGGUUUUCCAUCAGGAUUCAGAGACAAAGGCAAAUAGCAGGGCAAUGGCAAUGGCCAACAAGGAAGUUCUGCAAUUAAUAAUGCAUCAGAAACUCCUCAGUAAGAUACAUCUAUAG